AUGCAUUCCAUGAUCAGGCAUUCCAUGUCUCCUCAAUCGAAUAUCGAGGAGACAAGCAAUCCUGAUGUCACUGUAAACGCAUCUAAUAUGAAUACAAGAAUCAAUUCUAGUAAACCAAACAUUACUUCCUUUCCUGAGAAUAUUGUUGUCACUCCACCCGAAAGUCCUAUUUCCAAUUCCAAUAUGGAGGAAGGUAGGUCUACAAAUAUCCCUACGAACUUAUCUAAUAAUGACUCAAAUGAAACUUCGGAUGAGGAGAAUUCGACAUCUACUAUCCAUACUACAACUCUUCCACCAACACCACCUUCGUCACCACCACCAACUUCGACUAUCAUACUGUGA